AUGAAGUUCUCUACUGGCGUCAUCGGCACCUCGCUCCUCGCGACUGCAGCCAUUGCGGCUCCCUUAACUGCCCAGCGUCAGGCGCGUCAUGAGGCUCGCCAGCUUGCUCGCGCUAACGGCCGAGAAAGCCAUCCGCCUUAUAAGCCAGGUACGAAUGAGGUUCUUCACCUGAACAAGACCUCGCAUGAGCAAUACAGCUCCAACUGGGCUGGCGCUGUGCUUAUCGGCACUGGCUACACCGCUGUCACGGCGGAGUUCACCGUGCCCACCCCCAAGGCGCCUUCCGGGGGUUCCUCGAAGACUCAAUACUGUGCCUCCGCUUGGGUUGGCAUUGAUGGAGAUACCUGCGGCUCUGCUAUUCUGCAGACUGGUGUCGAUUUCUGCGUGCAGGGCGGCUCUGUCUCAUAUGACGCUUGGUAUGAGUGGUAUCCCGAUUAUGCCUACGAUUUCAGCGGUAUCAGUAUUGCCGCUGGAAACGUGAUCAAGGUGACCGUGGAUGCUACUUCUACAACUGCUGGCACUGCUACAGUUGAGAACGUUUCCACUGGCAAAUCUGUGACCCACACAUUCACUGGUGGCGUUGAUGGUACUCUUUGUGAGUACAACGCCGAGUGGAUUGUCGAGGACUUUGAAUCCGGCAAUUCUCUCGUUCCAUUUGCCAACUUUGGAACUGUGACCUUCUCCGGCGCUGAGGCUACGGGUGGCGGCUCCACCGUUGGUCCAUCUAGUGCCACCCUCAUUGAUAUCGAGCAAAACAACCAAGUUCUCACUUCUAGCUCUGUCACAUCCAACAGUGUGACCGUCAAGUAUGUCUAG